AUGGAUUCAGAUAAACUUAUUUAUGGGAUGCGCAUCUCGAGGCACAGCGUCAGGAUUCAACAGCCAGGAUCGUGCGGCCGGGGUGCAAAUAUAGGCUGCCGCCCACCCCACCAACUCUCCCACUUCCCCUCAAAAAAAGGAGAAAACCAACUCUCCCACUGCCUGCCGCCAUCCAUGGCCGCCACCCUCUUCCGCCUCUCCCGGCCCCGCCGCGCGCUCCUCCCGUUCUCCGCCCUCCGCGUCCCUCUCUCCACCCAGCCCCUCCCGCAACCCCGGGACCCUUCCUCCCCCAACUCCAGCGGCGGCCUUCCCGCCUUCCUCUCCUUCCUCGCCGCCGCAGCCGCAGGCGGAACCGCCGCUUCCGUCGCUCUCUGCGAUGCCGGCCCCGACCACCGGUACGUGGGUGGGAAAGACAGCACCGAGCUGGUGGUGCGUGGGGAGCGCAAGCGCGUGCCACAGGAGUUCAUGCAAGAGCUCGCAUCCUUCCUCGGGGACAACCUGACGGUGGAUUACGAGGAGAGGAGCUUCCACGGGAAGCCGCAGAGCAGCUUCCACAAGGCGGUCAACGUGCCCGACGUCGUCGUCUUCCCAAAGUCCCAGGAUGAGGUACGGAAGAUUGUGAUGAUUUGUAACAAGUACAAGGUGCCAAUUGUACCAUAUGGUGGGGCUACAUCAAUUGAGGGCCAUACGUUGGCACCUCAUGGUGGCGUUUGCAUUGACAUGUCUUCAAUGAAGAAAAUCAAAUCCCUGCAUCUUGAGGAUAUGGAUGUUGUAGUUGAACCAGGAGUUGGAUGGAUUGAGCUGAAUGAAUACCUGAAACCCCAUGGUCUCUUUUUCCCUCUUGACCCAGGACCUGGAGCCACUAUUGGUGGAAUGUGCGCUACACGAUGUUCUGGUUCAUUAGCCGUGAGGUAUGGAACUAUGCGGGACAAUGUGAUCAAUCUUCAGGUUGUUCUACCAGAUGGCGACGUUGUCAAGACCGGUUCUCGGGCUCGAAAGAGUGCAGCUGGAUAUGACCUAACUCGGUUGAUCAUUGGAAGUGAAGGGACUUUAGGGGUAAUUACAGAAGUGACUUUACGACUUCAAAAGCUCCCAUCUCAUUCCGUGGUUGCUAUGUGCAAUUUUCAAACUGUUAAGGAUGCUGCUGAUGUUGCUAUUGCAACAAUGCAUUCUGGCAUACAGGUCUCGAGAGUGGAAUUGUUGGAUGAGGUUCAGAUAAGGGCAAUAAACAUGGCAAAUGGUAAAAUCUUGCCUGAAGUGCCGACCUUGAUGUUUGAAUUCAUAGGGACAGAAGCAUAUGCACUUGAACAAACGUUGUUGGUUCAAAAGAUUGCUGCAGAGCACCAUGGUUCUGAUUUUGUUUUUGUGGAAGAGCCAAAUGCUAAAGAGGAACUGUGGAAGAUCAGGAAGGAGGCACUUUGGGCUGGUUUUGCCAUGGAACCUGAUCGUCAAGCUAUGAUAACGGACGUUUGUGUCCCAUUGUCUAGACUUGCAGAAUGCAUAUCUGUGUCUAAGCAACUACUUGAUGCGUCACCAUUGACUUGUUUGGUUAUCGCCCAUGCCGGUGAUGGAAAUUUCCACACAUUUAUCCUAUUUGAUCCAAGCCAGGAGGAAGAGCGAAGGGAAGCAGAGAGACUAAACCAUCUCAUGGUUCAUACUGCUCUGUCCAUGGAAGGUACAUGCACAGGAGAGCAUGGUGUUGGCACGGGGAAAAUGAAGUACCUAGAGAAGGAGCUGGGGAUGGAGUCACUGAGGACGAUGAAAAGGAUAAAGGUCGCGCUGGAUCCCAACAACAUCAUGAAUCCAGGAAAGCUCAUCCCACCCCACGUCUGCAUAUGACCAAUCAAGUGACUGAUUCCAUGCCAGUG